AUGAAUGCGCCGCACAUGGGACCGAAGAUUUGCUGGGCGGGCGCGUGCGCGCGCGUGAAAAGGACCAGGAUCAAGAGGUACCUGAUCCCAGUAUUGCUCCAAAAAUUGCUGGAAGGCCAUCUGCACGACUGGCGAUUCGACGAACUGAAGCAACGCCAGUGGAUCGAUAUCUGGAAGAUGAUGAGCCAAAGCCAUCGUCGGAAACGUGAAUGGAGUUGCCCAGGCCUCGAAGCUCUCAACCUUCCCCUUGAAAGCGGCCUUUUCGAAAUCACUGAGGGCGAGGGAGGAGAAUCCCUCAGCCUCUCAGAGGCCUCUCGAUCUCCCAACCCCUAUUCUCCAGUCAAUACUCUCAUCACCACCACCACCGCCACCAACACCCAACCCAACCCAUCCCAAAAGAGGCCCACCCCAACCAUCCUCUCGAUUGGCUGCGGCAACGGGCUCUCCGAGGCCCUCCUGCAAGACCAACUCCCGAGCGCCGAUGUCAUAGGCGUCGAAGUCCAGUCCGCGACGGUCCGGUAUCUCGACGAGCACCACGUCCGGCUCGUCAGGGGGACGUGGGAUAUCGCCGCCGAGGCGGAGGACGUCGAUGUCUGGGUGUGGGUGUACCCCCGGGAACCGCGGCUCGUGAGGGCUUAUCUUGAAAAGUUCGGCUUGGCGACGGUGACUACUACGAGGACAACCUCGACAGCUCCGCCAGGAUCGGCGGAGAUGGACGCAGGGCCGACACCAACGUCGACACCGACGAACCGACCGCGGGUCUGGAGGCUGGUCUGGUUGGGUCCGCGCGUUGAUUGGGAGGACUACGAGCCCGUGCUGCGGGCGAGCGUCUUUGGGGACCACGUUGAAGUCUUCUGUGGGUCUGAAGGCGGGUUGGCCGCGGAGGAGAUGAUGGCGGUUGAGACGAUUUCAGAUGAUCAUGUGGAAAUCUGA